GCCCAUGUGACCCAACAUGACAGUGCUAUGGGAACGCGGAUGACAUAUAGAGAGGCGCGUUGUUCGCUAUUCCAGUAUCCGUCCAUCCACAAGUUGUAACGGGGUCUCGCUAGCAUCGCCCACCAUGUUGAAUCUGUUCGUCUUUGCUUUGCUUCUGGUCUUCUGUCCGAGCAGCUCGGCGACUACGUGUACCGUUUGUAAGACCACGUAUGAGGCAGCUAGGGACGCUGGAGGCGCCACCGAUGCUGAAAAGUGCACUGCCCUGCAGGAGUACUUGACCUGUCUGGAGACGUCGGCUAUGGGCGACGCAGGAUGCCCACCGGCCACAGCAGAUGCCGCACAGAUCGGCACCGAUUACACCGGUGCUUCUUGCUCGUUCACGGAUACCUGCCUCUGUCAGAAGUUGUUCUGGGAAACUGACCAGAGCGCCGAUGCAGCUGCAGUUUGCACUGCCGCCCAGGCUUACAUCGUUUGUCUGAAGGGGAAGACUGCAGCGACCUGUGAUGGGUCCGGCGUAAUGGCUCUGGCUACUGGUGUCGAGGCAAGGAUGACGGCUCUCACAACAGACUGUGUUAUCACAACCGCCUGCCAGUGUGAGAUCGAUGCUGCCAAAGCUGACAUCUCCGACGAUACUAAGAAAUGCACAGCUUACAAGGCCCAGUAUGCCUGUGUGUACUCUCUGGCCACGGCUCCAUGUGAUGCAGGAACUACCAUCACCACUCUACAGACAUCUGCAGCAGCAUCUGUAACGGGAGCCACAUCAUGCGCAUUUGACGACACGUGUUUGUGUCAAAGAGUAUACGACGCCGCCACAAAAACAACUGACGCCGACAAAUGCACUGCUCACAAAGAUCAGCUGAGCUGCCUGAGAACUUCAAAAUCAGCAGGCUGUGACGGCACAACCACCAAAAGCGCAGUAGCGAUGACUUCAGAAACUGCACGAGCAACGUUGCCCGUGGGCGACUGCCCAGCUCUGACUGCUUCGUGUCAGUGCGAGGUUGACGCCGCCAAAGGAGACGCCGAUACCGACGCCAAAUUCUGCACUGUGCUGAUGACUUUGAAGACAUGCCUUAGUGCGAUAACAACUGUAACUGAGGCCGGGUGUACCUCUGCUUUGGCCCAGGCCGCCCUCGCCACUGACACUGCUGCCAAAAUAACAACCGCAGCGUGUAGCAGUGCUGCAUACGUGACCAUUGCGAUGACGUCUUUGUUCGUGUCAGGUCUUGCUAGCAUUAUUCUUUAAACAAAGUCCGUCAAGGUUUGACUGUUAGCGUGCUAUCAUAUUCAACCCUCUGUUCCUAUUAUAAAGUUUGAUGCCUGCUUCAUCUGGACACUUUCAACAAGAUGUUUGCAACUAACCAGGGCUCCGUUUCCCCAUCUGAUGGAACGCCAUGUACACAAGCCUGGAAGUGAGCCCGUGACGUUAGCCCGUGAAGUGAUGAUCCCAUUUUAUAUUUUUGAUACUUUUAUCGUUUCUACACCUUCAUUUAUGUUGACGUUGCAUUGUUAGACGAGUUGACCCAUUCAAGUAACCAUACAUUCUCCAAAAUAUAUUCAAAACCACCAAAAAGUGACUGCAUGACCGCUGUGUAUGACGUGGGAUCAAGCAAUUGUUACCACUGACAAACAAUUUGUGGUCUUGCAAACGAUGAGCGCUGAAUUCCCAUCAAGUGUAUUGCUUUUUAUUCAAGAUUCGGGACAGCUCUGGUAAUACUUUUCUAGUUUUACCAAUGUUUGACACUCUUGGCUCACGGAAUUAUGAACUGUUGGCUUCUUGGAAGAUUCAACUCCCGUGUUCUGUACCUUAAUGACGUGUUGAGUUACUGACGGUACACGUUGGUUAUUCCACAGAAAUAAACGGUACUGUUCACGAACAA